AUGGAAGAAGGAUAUCUCAAUGACAGAUAUAAAUCAUUGCAGCACUCCGUCGUAUUAUCUUUUGAUGGGAUGUUGAGUGAUGGUUUAGCUAAACAGUUACAGAAACAUCCAACUUCUUAUAAUUUUGCUGCAAGAAGAUUAACUGAAGUGCUUGAUGAAUUCGUAAAUAAAGAUCGUGAAGAGUUCAUCCAAAAGCUUUUAGAUGAUAUUAAUGAAUUAAAUCUUAGGAAGGACAAAAUAACAGAUAAAUAUACAAAAACAGUUGCAAUAAUUAAAGCAGAGGAUACAAAAAUCAAUGAUUUGAACAAAAAUCUAAAGAUUCAGCAGCAAAAUCUUUCUUCAAAGUUCGAACAAUUAAAAAUAGAACAAAAUGAAAUCGAAACAUCAUUAAAUACUACAUUAAACACAGCAGAAAACAAAUGUGAAAGGUAUAUGAGUUCAAUUGAUGCAAUUUCAAACCAAAUAGCUGAUAUAAAAACACAAUUAACUUCAAUUCGCCGCUUUUACACAAACAAGAGUAAAGACCAUCACAAAAUCCUAGAACAAUCAAACAGAGAUAUACAGGAACAAGCAGAAGAUGCUGUUUUUAAGAAUACUGCUAUAAAUCCAUUUGAUCCACAAAUUAAUUCGAAAUCAAAUGAAAUAAACCAGAUUACAAGAGAAAAUAACAAACUGAAAUUAGUGUUAGAGGGUGUUUACCAACAUGUCGCCCCACUUUUGAAAGAAUCCGAUUCAUCAAAUACAAUUAAAGAAGAUUUCUCCAAUUUUAAGGAAAAAUUGAAUAAUUUUGUUCAUGAACAGCAAGAGUCUAUUAUUAAAAACCAUUUUGCAGAAGCACAAACGAAAUUAAAAAAUAUUAAUUUGGAUGUAGAUGGAUUUGCACCUUCUGUUGCAGAACUUUAUAGGCAAAAGCUAUUGGCAAAAGAGAAGGAAUAUAAUGCAACUAUCAGAGCUGCGAGAAUGAGGAGAGCUGACUUAAAACAAUCUCUCAAAGCAGCUUCUGCACAGUUAGAACAAAUGAAACUCAGAAGUGAGCAAGAGAAUAACUUAAUAAACGAGAUGUCAAUGAGGAGAAGCAGAAUAGAGUCUUCAAAGUCUGCUCUUGACCAGGCAUUUUCAAAACUUGGUUUAUAA